AUGGUACAAAAAUAUCAAUCACCAGUACGUGUUUAUCGGUAUCCAUUUGAACUUGUUAUGGCUGCAUAUGAAAAACGUUUUCCAACAUGUCCAAUGAUACCUGUUUUUCUUGGUUCUGAUAUAACAUCAGAAUUUCAUAGUGAAGAUGGAGCUGUAGAUAUAAUUGAACGACGUUGUCGAUUAAAUGUUGAUGCACCUUAUUUACUUAAAAAGAUUGUCAAUGUUGAUUAUGUUAUAUUUUUACAAAAAAAUCAUCUCGAUCGUCGACAACGUACAUUACGUAUUGAUGCAUGUAAUGAAAGUUUUUCAGCACGUUUAAUAAUUAAAGAAUUUUGUCAUUAUUAUGUUCAUCCAGAAAAUGUUUUAUGGACAUGUUUUGAACAAAGUGCAUAUUUAGAAAUAAAAUCAUUUUUUGGUUUUGAAGCAAGUGUUGAAAAAUUAGCUAUGAAACAAUAUUCAGCAAAUUUAGCUAAAGGAAAAGAAAUUAUUGAAUAUUAUGUUAAUGAAUUAAUUAAUCAAGGUAUAACAAAUAUUCCUAUUUGGACAGAAUCAUCAUCAUCAUUAUCAUCAAUAAUAAUAAAUCAAAAUCAAGAAUUAACAACAAUAUCUUCUAUUAAUGAUGAUCCAUCAUUAUUAGCAGCACGUCGACGAUUAUCAUCACAAGAUGCAUCAAAUAUAUUUACUUCAGCAUCACCACCUAAAGCAACAGCAUUAACAACAACAACAGCAGCACAUUUUUCAGCAUUAUCAGAUGAACUUGAAACAUUUCAAAUAGAUGAAAAUUUACAAGAUAAACAACGUAAUAUUGAUGAUGAAUAUAUACGUCGUUAUGUUGGACAAUUAGAUCCAUUUGAAGAAAGUUGUCUUGUACAACUUCGAAAAUGGAUUGCAGAAACACAUAAAGGAAAAUUACCAAAUGAUUCUCAUUUACUUCGAUUUCUUCGUGCUCGAAGAUUUGAUAUUGAAAAAGCUAAAGAAAAUGUUUGUCAUUCAUUAACAUGGCGUAAAAAAAAUUGUAUUGAUCGUUUACUUAUGGAUUAUGAAACUCCAGAAGUAAUACAACGUUUUUUUCCUGGUGCUUGGGGUGGAAAUGAUCGUGAUGGACGACCUAUAUAUAUGUUACGUGUUGGAGAUAUUGAUGUACGUGGUAUUAUGAAAGCAGUACAUGGUGAAGAUGUAUGGAUUAGACACAUAUUAUAUCUUGUUGAAGAAGGUUUAAAUAAAUGUGAAGAAAAUACUAAACUUUUUGGUAAACCAAUAAGUUCUGUAUGUGUUAUUUUGGAUUUUGAGAACUUUAGUGUUAAACAUCUUUAUCGACCUGUUUUUCGAGUUAUAUCACAAAUAACUGAUACUGUUGAAGCUAAUUAUCCAGAAACACUUGGCCGAAUGUUUUUAACACGUUGUCCUCGUGUUAUACCAGUAUUAUGGACAAUUAUAAAUACAUUUGUUGAAGAACGAACACGUGAAAAAUUUGCUAUACUUAAAACUGAUGAACUUGUUGAAUAUAUUGACGAAAUAAACAUUCCUGAUUUUCUUGGUGGUCAAAUGUUUUUUCAAGCACCAUCCGGUGGAAUAAUCCCACGUUCUUUAUAUAUUCAUGAAGAUGAACCAGAUAAAUUUGAUGCUGAAAGUUCAUUAUUUGGUGAUAAUGCUUAUACAGUUGUAUCAAUAAAAGAAGGUGGUGCACAUGAAGUACUUAUUCCAAUAUCACAAAAAGGUGAUAGACUUUGGUAUGAUUUUGAUAUAUUAAAAUCUGAAUGUACAUUUACAAUAUAUCGUAUUGGAAAAAUAAAAACAAUUGAACAUGAUGAUAAUGAUGAUCAUUUACGUUCACCAUUAUCAUCAAUACAAAAAAAUGCUUCAAUAUUACAUGCAACAACAAUUUAUGAUAAACCAUUAAAUGAAUCACAAACAGAUGAUAUUAUACGUUUAACACAAUCAACUAUAUAUCAUGAUGGUGAUUCUGUACAAGAAACAUAUAUAUGUCAACAACCAGGAAAUUAUGUUUUACAAUGGCGUCAUUCAACAAGUCAUCAUACAACAAGUCCAUUUGAUUUUAUUAGUGGUAGUCAUAAAACAAAAAUAAUGUAUCAUUAUGAACGACAAUUAUCAACAAGAUUAACAACUGAUAUAACACAAAAUGGAUAUAUUAGUGGUGAACAACGGACAACAUUGACUUCGUCUUAA